AAUAAUAAUAAUAAUAAUAGGCACCGUGUGUGGUAGAUGCCCUCCAAGGAAAUUUAAAAAACUUAGCAAUGGUGGCAAUGCAUUGGUGCAUUAAUUGCAAGUUUUAAUGGGAAUAAAGUGUUAGUAAUUCCAAUUAUUCUUUACUUGGAGGACCUUUGGCUAAUGACAUAACCACAGGCCGCCAUCUUUAAAUCCAAGAUGGCGGCGCACCGGCGACCCUCCGCAACAAUAGAAGCCACAAUAAACUUCAGCGAUUCCUCGGCAAAAAACACAUUUUCGAGCAGCGGUUUCCUCAUAGAUCGGCGUGUUUGGAGAUCCAAUCAAGACGGUCCAUUCCUGAUGAAUUAAUUGCACAUGUAAGUUGACCAAGAAUUUAGAUCCUGAGACAUUUGUUACCUGUUCUGAUGUCAAAAGGCCACAAGGAAUUAAUUCAGAAGAGCAGCUAUUGAAUGCCAACACCACAAGCAGCACAAUGAGGAUUAGUUUAUGCCAGAUACUGCUGACUGGGGCAAUAUUGAUUAAUCUGGUGGUUCUUUACUAUGUCUCAAGAACCCAACAGCAAAUGCUGAAGCACAAAGAACCAGGAAAGGCUGCGUCGCGGAGGUCAUCGGUUUCGCGAGUCGCUGGAAUCACCGUGUUGAUAAGAGAGUUUGAAGACUUUGAGAACUGGGUGGUGGGAGUUGUGAAGUCCUUCAUGAAGGUACGGCCAGAUCAGCCCAUCGUGGUGGUGGCUGACAAACUGCCCUACCCGCCGCUGGGCCUGCCCAACAAGCGGACCGUUCAGACAAUCCUGUUGAAGGGAUCUCCCGAUCAGCCACACUAUGUCACCAGGCCCGAAUUCUACAUCAAGACUGAGUACACCCUUUUGGUGCCAGAUGGAAUACAGCUGGACUCAACGCAGCAAGUCGAUCGCCUUCUUCAGGAAUUCGAGGCCAACAAAGACAAGGCCCGGAUGGUCGCAGCUCCUGUUCAGCCUUCUGGAAUGUUCCAGUGUCUAAACCUGCGGGUUAACCUGAAGGAGUGGAGUGCAGUUUACAGCCUCUCUGGCGGUCAGCUUUGCGAUGCCAUUGCAGGAGACGCUGUGGUUCUUCUUCGGACGGAAGACUUGUUCAACCUCUCCCAGGCUAUGGUGAGGCCGCUCGCCACCUCCCUCUUCAUCCAGUCCUCGCUGCACGGCUGGAGGGUGAAGGCGGCGGAGAGCGUGGUCUUCUCCUCGUACCCCCGCUCUCUCUACAUGUCGGCCCACAACCAGUGGAAGGCCGACAACCACGUGAAAGCCAGGCUGGCUCACCUCUUCGAAGUGUUUGGCGUGAAGCGCGUGGUCCAGGCCGACGGGAAGGAGCAGUGGUACGGAUGCACCAAGGACACACCCCGCUGCUUUGGCACCGUGCAUGAUGACACGCCGGAGUACCUAUACCUGAACAGGUGGACUCCUCCUUGCUGCCUUAGAGCCUUGCGCGAGACAGCUAGGUACGUCAUGAAGAUCUUGGAGUCCUCGGACGUCCGCUACUGGAUGGAGGGCGGCACGCUCCUGGGAGCGGCGCGCCAACAGGACAUCAUUGCCUGGGACUACGACGUGGAUCUGGGCAUCUACUUGGAAGACGUGGACAAGUGCGACUUGCUGCGGAGUCUGGACUCUGGCUCGGUUGUCGACGAGAACGGCUACGUGUGGGAGAAGGCGGUGGAAGGGGAAUUCUACAGAGUGCAGUACAGCGAAAGCAACCACCUCCAUGUUGACCUGUGGCCCUUCUACUCCAGAGAAGGGAUCAUGACCAAGAACUCCUGGCUGGACCACAAACAGGACGUCGAGUUCCCCGAGCACUUUCUGAAGCCGCUGGUGCCCAUGCAGUUUGCCGGGGUGACUGCUUAUGCGCCUAACAAUCACCGACGCUUCCUAGAGUUGAAAUUUGGUGAAGGGGUCAUUGAAAACCCAGAGUACCCAAAUCCUGCAAAGAAAAAGUUGGUGAAGACGGACUAAGUGGAGGAUAUUGGUUAUUUCAGAAGGAGAUGUGGGCCCGUUACACUUAGACCAGGGGUUCCCAACCUUGUUCGUCCCGUUUACCCCUGGCAACUUUAAUAGCACAUAACAAUAUUAGUUCACUUAUUUAUGAACAACUAAUGGUGAACAGAUACCAGUACAAAGACUGACUUUGGUGCCUUCCCACACAGUGGGGAACUUUGAUUCUGCUGUGUGGGGAUGUUUUAUGUCAAACCCUAUAGUGUGUUGUGUCCUGUUGAUUUUUAUUGUAUGGCUGUAUGGAAAUUCAUUUCACUGUGCCAUCAGGCACACGUGACAAUUAAAUCUAUCUUGAAUCUUGUAUACCAGAACCAAACACAGUCAGUUAAUAAGAAUAAAUAUCUACAAAUCCACAAUCAACAAAUUUACCCCCUGGUAGGCGAAAUUUACCCCUGGGGGGGUAAAUGUACCCCAGGUUGGGAACCCUUGACUUAGGGGCUCCCUAUGUUAGAGUAGUUUAGUUUAGUUCAUAAGUUAUAGCAGCAGAAUUAGGUUAUUUGGUCCAUCCAGUCUAGAUCAGCCAUUGAAUCAUGGCUGAUCUAAUCUUCCCUCUCAACCCCAUUCUCCAGCCUUCUCCCCAUUACCCCUGACACCCGUACUAAUCAAGAAUCUGUCUAUCUCUGCCUUAAAAAUAUCCACUGACUUGGCCUCUACAUCCAAAUGUGGCAAUGAAUUCCACAGAUUUACCACCCUCUGCUUAAAGAAAUUUCUCCUCAUCUUUCUAAAGAUACGUCCUUUUAUUUAGUUUAGUUUAUUGUCAUGCCUACCGAGGUACAGUGAAAAGCCUUAGUUGCAUGCUAACUAGGAAAGUUAGCUAACUAAACUAAACCACUCGUUACAUCUGGAGAAGUACUAUUGAUAAGUGCUAUUGCAAAGUAACGCGAUAUCCCACGUGUGUAAGAAGGAAGGGCAGAUGCUGGUUUACACUGAAGAUAAACACAAUGUGCUGGAGUAACUCAGCGGGUCAGGCAGCAUCUCUGGAGAAAAGAAUAGGUGACGUUUCGGGACUAAAGAAAGGUCUGGACCCAAACGUCACCUAUUCCUUUGCUCUGGAGAUGCUGCCUGACCCGCUGAGUUACUGCAGCAUUUUGUAUCCAUCUCUCGGUGAUACCCCACAUAUUUGUUUCUUCAUAUGUGUUUACUAGGGAGCAUUAGCAUGAACACUGUCUGCCCCUCUCUAUGUAUAAAUGCAGAGAGUCAGAGUGAGUUGUUAGAACACGUUGUGGAUUUGAACCUAGUCUUAUCCUUUCCCUCUGUCGGUCGCCCGCGUGCAUGCCUUUCCCAACAAGAAUUGCUGCAUCUCCACAGAAGCACCAACCCUGAAAGCUCUGUCCCACGGUACGAGUUCAUUCCAAGAGCUCUCCCGAGUUUGCCCUGAUUCGAACUCGGAGAUUUACGGUAAUGGCCACUCGUCGGUACUCGGGGCUCUCGUGGACAUUUUUCAACAUGUUGAAAAAUCUUCACGAGUCUUCCCGUGCUUACCUGCCGUUAGCGAGUCUUCCCGAGUACCUGCCAUUAGCGUUACGAGCCGGCAAGAGACGUCCCCGAGCUCCGACGUACCCGCUACGUUCACUCUCCGUGCUCACCACGAGUUUGAUUUUUUUUUAAACUCGGGAGAGCUCUUGGAAUAACUCGUACCGUGGGACAGGGCUUUGACUCAUCCUACAUUUCCUCGACCCAACAUAAUAUAGUCGAACGCAAGACCUGAUCUUCCGACCCAUGAGUACAUCAAUUAGUGCACUUUCCCACAGUCUUGGUGUACAGACGAUGUUUUAUUCCUUUAAAACUAUAGAAUAAGCCCA